AUGAAGAGAUUUUUAACUCAUUUUUCCAAACAUAAGGCGGAAAAAACAAUUGAAGGAGACACACCAAAAUCUCCAUUAGUACAUACAAAUGACUCUACAGCUAGUGAAAAUACCAAUAUAAAUAGUAGUACUGCUAUUAACUCAGACAAUUGACGACCAGACAAUUGGUAAAAUCUUUAAAAAUAUUAGACUUAAGUUUAAACUAUGAUCAACCUCCUGUACAACCAAAUAUUGUUUAUCCUUACAAAUCCAUGGGUAAAAGUAAACGCCCCUUUAAUAGUACUUGGUAUAAACAGUAUCCAUGGAUUGAGUACUCAAUACAAUUUGACCAAAUUUUUUGUUAUUAUUGUAGACAUUCUUUAUCACCAAUUCAACAUUGUAAUCCUAAAGCUGGUAAUCUAACAAUUCAUGGUUAUUUAGACUGGAAACAUAUAGGCAGUAUGGCUAAAGUACAUGAUAAAUGUGACGCACAAAAAUUAGCAUUGACUAAAUAUAAAGGGUGGUGUAAUUCUAAAAUACAAGGCAGUGUUACAUCUAUGUUUGACUCACAAAUAAGAGUUGAAGUUGCAAGAAAUAGGACAAUGUUAGAAAGUUUAAUAAGGUGUGCCAUAUAUUGUGUUAGGUAAGAUAUUGGUUUGCGAGGACAUUCUAUAACAACUGGAAUCUCUGAAAUUGUGAACAAUGAUAUUGCAACAGAAAACAAAGGAAAUUUUUUAGAACUUGUAAAGCUAUUAUGUAGUGAAAGUCAAACAUUUUUUUCAGCUUAUGAAGCGUUACCAAAGAAUGCAAAAUAUACUAGUAAAAUAAUUCAAAAUGAUAUGAUAAGUGCAGCUUCCACAGUGAUUGCUAAGUCUAUUUUAAAAGAAGUACAAGAAGGUAGUAAAAUAUUCAGCUUAAUUGUUGACGAAGCCAGAGACGAUGCAAAAUUAGAGCAAAUGAGUAUUUGUAUUCGGUAUGUACAUAAUUCAGUGAUAAAAGAAAGGUUUUAAGGAUUUGUUGGACUCAAAGAAUUAAAUGCUAAUGCCCUAAGCUGUAAUAUUAAAUUAUUUUUGAAUCAUUUUGGACUAAAUUUGAGUAACUGUGUAAGUCAGUCUUAUGAUGGAGCAUCAUUUAUGUCUGGUCAGUUCAAUGGAGUUCAAAAAAAAAUUAAAGAUAUGUCAGGAACUUUGUUUCCAUGUAUACAUAGCCAUGCACAUAAAUUGAAUUUAGUUUUAGUUGACGUUUCAAGAAAGGUAGAAGAAGUACAUGAUACUAUAGGUCUCUUGGAAGCAGUAUAUGCAUUUCACUCAUCAUCAACACUAAGGUAUCAAGUAUUUUUUGAUAAAACUGGGUCGAAAGUCCCUAUGCACUGUGAAACACGUUGGGUAUCAAAAUUUAAAAGUAUUCGUUACUUUAAAAACUACUUUACAUUAGUAUUAACAGCAUUAAAAGAGUGUACUGUAAGUUCAAAAUCUAAGGAAGCUGCUGAAGCUAAAGGUUUACUAAUUCAAAUUAAUUCUUUAAAAACUAUUGUGUUACUUUUUUGUUUGGAUUAUAUUUUAUCUUUAGUAAAUAUUCUAUCAUUAAACUUACAGACAAUAACACUUGACUAUAGCCGUUGUGCAAAAUUGAUCAAAUCCACUAUGGAACAAAUGAUCAAUUUAAGGUUAGAAAAAAUAUUCAUCAAUAUUUACAAUGAAGCAGUAAGUGUAUUUCAUACUUCGAAUAUUGAACCUAACGAUACACUACGUCUAACAAGAGAACAGAGAAUUUCAUCAACACUGGAUAACUAUUUAACUUAUUNAAAACUUGGUGCUAGUACUAGUAGAAAAGAAAAACAAAACAUGUUCCCUAAAGAUACAAAAAAUGAAUUUAAAAGAGUCUUUUUCCAGAUUUUCGAUAACAUGAAUAAUGAAAUGAUUUAUAGAUUUACCCAAAACAAUGAAAUAUUGAAUUAUAUCCACGCAAGUGACCCCAAAUCAAAUGAAUUUCUAAAUUCAGAUUUGUUAGCUAAAUUACGUAAUAUCAACCAUAUACAACUAAUAUAAUGACUUUAUAGAAGUAUUGAAGAACCAGUGUCUGAUUGGAAAAUCUUUAUUUUUGGAUAAUUUAACAUUAUCUGACCUACAUCAACAAAUAAGCAACUACGGUGAGAUUUUUGACCAUGUAAAAAAAAUAAUUGAAUUGGUCAUGGUCAUUCCUGUGUCUUCAGCUAGUGCAGAACGCGGUUAUUCCACCAUGCGCCGUGUUAAGACAUAUUUUAGAUCAACUAUGAAGAGUUCACGAUUAAGUAGUCUUACACUUUUAUCAAUUGAUUUUGAAAACUCGGACAAAUUAUUAAAAGAUCCAACUGCAGUCUUUGAAGUGUUUGCAAGCAUGAAAAAUAGAAGAAUACAAUUUCAAAUUUAG